AUGCAGUCGCAGCAGCAGAAUCGGAAACUCACCAUCAUGAAACCUGUAACCACUAUUCCGAUCCUGAUGCCGAUCCUGAUCCUGAUCAUCGGAUUUAUUGGCGGAGGGGUAAUGGCCCAGAAAUACUCACCCAUUGCCGACUGGCAUUUAAGCGAUCCACACUACACCAGCGAUCAGUACGCCCGAAUCCUGGGCGAGGCGGGAGUGGGACAGGACCCCGACGAGAAGGACCCCAAGGGCCUGGGUCCCAUGCAGAUCCAGUACGUCGACUACCAGCCCAACUGCCAGUCCGGCGGAGUGCCAGUCUGUGCCACCAAUGGCACCGAUAGCUUCUACUUCGAGAACAACUGCCGCUUGGAGGCGGCCAACAUGAAGCUGCUUUUCCAGUACGGCACAGAACUGGAGCCCACGGAGAUGGAGCGAUGCCUGCCCACCUGCCAGACGAUGAAGUGCACCCAGGUGGAGCGCCCAGUUUGCGCGCUGGCCGAGAUUGGAGGAGCCCUUCCCCAAACCUUCACCAACGAGUGCGAGAUGCGCCGACGCGAGUGCCACACGAAGCAAGUCCUGCGAAUUCUGCACUCGGGUCCUUGCCAAACACCAACGAAAAGUGGACGCAAGAAGAAGCUGCGCCGCAACAAAAAUAAGCGACCCACAACCAAGGCCACCACCUCGAAGUUGGCCAUUAAUCCAAAGAAGGUGUACCUAAUGCUGGCCACUCCUGCUCCGUGGAGCACCAGUAGCACCACUCGAAGGGUCACCACUCCGACCACCACCAGAAUCACGACCACGCCCAGGACUAGACCCACCAAACCCACCAGCACCAGUCCCUCGCCCAUGCAAUUCCAGCAGCUGAUGGGCCUGGCCAAUCCCAUGGUCUCCGUUUCCCGGGCAGUGGAUGCCUACAAUGUGUACAACAUUCCCGAUGUGGGUCACGACUACGCCGAGAUCACCGACUCCUCGCUCUCGAUGUUCCUGCCAGAAGUGGGUCGUGUCACGGAGUCGUAUUCCGUGGGCGGUGGCACCACCACACCCACACCCGUUUUGGCCACCACCAAAGCGACCGGGAUCAGUAAUCCACCGGACACCACCACCAUGGAGACCUACACCACAGAUCUAGUGCCCAGCACCACUGAGAUUAGUGACGAAUCCACAACGGAGGAUUCGCAGGCGAUGACCCACCUGAGCAGCACCACUCAAGAAUCCACGAAAAGUACCUGA